CGAAAAACUCCUAAACCUGAUGCACACGAAUCUAGGCCCAACACUAAAGCGGUUGCUGUGAUGCGCUUCCGCUGUCCGCUUCUUCCUCGCGGUGUCCACAGUCCCUCGAUAUCAACAGUCAACACUCCCCGACAAGGACGAGCCAAAGAGCAACCACUGCCCCGGUGUCCGGCGCGCCGCUUCGACAGACCCGCCGCCGUACCACCGACCGUCCACCGCUGCCGCACCCCGCCCGCCUCACCGCCAUACUACUUCUGAUCGACCAUUCAUUACUCUUCCAUAUCCAGGACAGGGUGAAGUAGAAAAGCUGAAGAGUUGCAUUUUGGCCUUUUUCUAUCCAACUACUAUCCAUUUAAGUUGCAAUUGUACUGAUGUAUGAGAUUCUCUGACUCCAACUAAUAUACCAUAUUCGUUCCUUCAAAAUGAAAUAUGCAAUUUUUACUCCAACGACAAUUUUGAAAACCUGCCGAUUUGAACCCAUCACAACCCCCCACACCCUGUGGAAGAUGCUAUAUGCACAAUGUACAAGACCCAUGUCACAGUCUACCGCUAUUCCAAAGAAGCAGCAGCGGGUGCGGGACCAUGGCUUUGACAACUACAUGGAGGUGGAGAAGAAAACACGUAAAGUCCUGAAAUUUCAAGACCUAAUCCUCACCCAGCCGAACUCCAUGAUCUCUGUUUCUCACUUGGACGUGCUGUCACGCAGGAUUGGGUUCAAACAACAUGAAGUAGCGAAAUUCAUACUCAAAUUCCCCCACAUUUUUGAGAUAUUUGAACACCCAGUUCAGAGAAUUCUCUAUUGCAGGUAGGGUUAACAUAUUAAAUCUAGUCAUCAAGAUAUAAUUCAUAUAAAUUUGGCUAUUAUUGAGUAUUCAUAUCCGUUUGUUUUAAAUCUAGAAAUCAAUAAUGUAUUUGGUUUGGCCAUCUUCUUAGCAUAUUUUUUAUUUUAUUCAAAUAUUCAUAUUCGAAAUGCUUAUACAUAAACAAACACCCAUGUCAAUCAAUAUAUCUGGAGGUGUUGCUCAUAUGCAUAUACUUGUGCUGUGCGUGCAUGUAUCUAUGUAUCGUGCAUAUAUUAAAUUAUAUAUAUGGCAUUUGAAAUUUAAAUAUUAUUCAAAUAAUAAUUGAAUGUAAACCUGUUGGUGUUAUUAAAGCAUUUCAAAUCAAUAUGCGUGUUAGUGAAUGGUGUGGAUGUAUGUAUUUACACAUACACAGUAUUGUAAUUUCAAAUUUGUUUUUGAGUUCAUGGAAACCCAAUUGUUGAGUUAAUCUCAUCAGGACUGGAACCGACAGUCCAAUAAAAUUUGAUUCCCUGUCACAAAAAAUUGUAGGUUCGCCCGCAAGGCUCAGUUGCAGAUGUGUCAAGAAAAUGAAGCCCUUUUGGCCCAAAUACCGGAUGCCAUCACCCGGCUAAGAAAGCUUCUGAUGCUAUCAAACACUGGUCGACUCCGGUUGGAGCAUGUUCGGAUUGCCCGGAGAGAGUUUGGGCUGCCGGAUGAUUUUGAGUACUCGGUAAUUUUGAAGCACCCUGAGUAUUUCAGAUUGUUUGAUGGCACAGGAGAGAGUAGACACAAGUACAUUGAGAUUGUAGAGAGAGACCCGAAAAUGGGGGUGUGCUGUAUUGAGAAAGCAAGAGAGAAAGAGUAUAGAGAGAAGGGCGGGGAGGCUGAGAAUAUACGGUUCUCGUUUAUUGUGAAUUUCCCUCCUGGUUUUAAGAUUGGGAAGUACUACAGGAUUGGGGUGUGGAAGUGGCAGAGAUUGCCUUAUUGGUCUCCGUAUGAGGAUGUCUCGGGGUAUGAUUGUAGGUCUCUCGAAGCGCAGAAAAGGAUGGAGAAGCGGGCGGUUGCCACCAUUCAUGAGCUCUUGUGGUUGACCGUUGAAAAGAAGAUAACUUUAGAGAGGAUUGCACAUUUCAGGAUGGCCAUGGAUUUGCCAAAGAAGCUCAAAGACUUCCUCCUUCAGCACCAGGGCAUAUUUUACAUCUCCACGCGGGGGAACCAUGGGAAACUGCACACUGUGUUUCUCAGAGAGGCUUACAAGAGAGGAGAGUUGAUUGAACCCAACGGUCUGUAUUCGGCAAGGAGGAAGCUGGCUGAGCUGGUACUGUUGAGUCCUAGGAAAGCACCCAAAGUAGUGGAUCAUGAAUUGGUCAGUAGUUAUGGUUGGAGAGACGGCGGCGAAGCAGCAGCUUAUGUUCAAAGUGAGGACAUUGAGAAUGACAGUGUCACAACAAUGCGUAGUGAUGAUCUGAGAAAUGCUGGUUCCAGUUUGGUCGAUGGAUCUGCCGAUGACGUGGAUCCCUUAGGCACUGUUAGUGAUGAUGAUGAUGAUGAUGAUGACGACGACGAGGAUGACGACGAUGACGAUAAUGGUGGUGGUUGUGAGUUAUGACAACUUGGGCGUGAAUAGUUAACCAAGAACAGACUUAUAUAUCAACAUGAUGAUCAUUUAAUUAAUUAAUUAAUUAAGGCCUUUUCAUAUUUCAAAAAUCAUUUCAAUUGUCAUUUCAACGUACAACAAGAUAUUUGUAGUCUAAACUAACUGAUUGGACUUAGGGGUGGAUCAGGUCCGCUAGUCCCAACUGGCCCAGAAAAGGGUUUGGCACUGUUUGGGAUUGACCCGGGAUCGGUUUCCUAUCCCUGUCCAGAAGCGGCCUUGCUGUCCUCGGUUUAUGUUACCCAGUCCGGGUGUGUUCUUUAGGGACUGGAAUGGGUUCAGUCCCUAAAAUAUUCUACGAAUACCCAUUCAUUUUAAAAUAAAAAUUCUCAUUAAGUAGUCAUUCUCCUACUAUUCUCUCUA